UGUUGAUCAACAAAUUCUUGAGUUCUUAACACAAAAACCAUUUUUUUAUUGUUAAACUCUUAUGGCUCUCUCCGCUGCUGCUUCUCUAUCAUUUCGCCAAACUUUGCCACACUUCCUCGCUUACCACCCAUUUCCUCUCUCACACUCUCAUCCAAUUUCCUUUCUUUCCUUCCAAACACCGCAUCCGCCACACAAAAGCAUCCAUUACCACCCACCAAGAGCUCUGAGGGAAUGGCAAGAAUACGAGGAAGCAGUGAAGAAGAAGGACUUAGCUACUGCUCUAAGGUUCCUCAUAUCCAUUGAAAAAGACAACAACGACAACCCUGUUGAGGAAAAUCGCCCCUUAUCCACUCGGUCACGACUCGGCGAUUUGGAUUUUCUCGGUGGGUCGGUGAGGGAUUGGGAGGUCUUGGACACGUGCCUCAAUGCUGACGACAUGAGACUUGUUGGCACUGCUUAUGAGUUCCUUAAGGUCAAAGGUCUUUUACCCAAUUUUGGAAGAUUCAGUAGCAUCGUUGUGGAGGGGACUAGGGAUGUUACACCUGCUAUGUUGAAGUCUUCUACUGGCCUAGAAGCUUCUAAACUUUCUCCAAAGAAGUGGGGUCUUUCUGGAAGCUCAAGUGUUGUAUUGGCUGGUUUACUUGGUGGGGUGUCCUAUCUACUCCAACAAGGAAUUGAUAUCAGGCCUCAACUUGCAAUUAUACUGGGGCUAGCCUUCACAGACUCUACCCUCCUUGGUGGUACCUGUUUAGCUCAAAUCUCGAGUUAUUGGCCUCCAUAUAGGCGUCGGAUUCUAGUUCAUGAAGCAGGGCAUCUAUUAGUAGCUUAUCUUAUGGGUUGUCCUAUUCGUGGAGUGAUUUUAGACCCAAUAGUUGCAAUGCAAAUGGGCAUUCAAGGGCAGGCUGGAACUCAGUUUUGGGAUGAAAAAAUGAAUAAUGAAAUGGCAGGAGGACUAUUGAGUGGUUCCACCUUUGACAGAUACUGCGUGGUACUUUUUGCUGGCAUUGCAGCUGAAGCUCUAGUAUAUGGUGAAGCCGAGGGUGGGGAGAAUGAUGAGAACUUGUUUAGAAGCAUCUGUGUACUUCUGGAACCCCCUCCCUCUUUAGCACAGAUGUCAAAUCAAGCAAGAUGGUCAGUGCUACAGUCUUACAAUCUGCUUAAAUGGCAUAGACGUGCUCAUGGAGCUGCUUUCAAAGCUAUGGAAAGUGGCGGCAGUCUUAGUGUCGUAAUUAGGAAAAUUGAAGAAGUCAUGUCUUCCAGCAGAUGAAGUAUGAAAGUUGCAAGUUUACUGGUCACAUUCUCAUAAGAGGGCGAACGGAAACUGGAGUUUGUCAAUAAAAUACAUGAAGCAAUACUAACCACGGUCCUUGCUUUGUAAUUAUGGCUGGUUCUUCCUUGUUAAUGGUGUUGGUUUUGAAACAACUUGAUGAAGUAAAGAGUUGUGGAAUGAAUCACAGAUAGACACCAAUCCUCAUCAAUCCACCAAGGUAUGGCAAACCAGCAAAUCAACAUCCAUCCGUUUCAAUAACCUGCUCACAAAUCCUCAUCUACUCUCACGCCAGAACCUAAAUCCCAAGGAAAGCAACUAACAGAUAGACAUGGAGCCUGAAGAAAAAA